GGAAACGGAAGUGUUGUGAGGGGGAAUCGAUUUCUCCGCGGCCGUGCUUGGAGCGGAAGCUUAAAGGUGUGGGAACAAGAUGGCGGCCUUGGUUCGCUUGGUUGGGACGGCGAAAGAUUCAGGGAGGUCUUCCUCUGUCUUCGCCGGAUUAAGGAAGGGUUCGUGGGCUUCUGGUCUAGUUAUAUUACAGAAUCGGAAGUAUUGUUUGCAAACUGAACAAGUUCCCAGUCAGGCUGAUAUGCCUGUAGAAAUGGAAGAUCCUUAUAAGGAACCUCUGAAAAAGUGCAUUUUGUGUGGGGUAACAGUUGACUACAAGAAUAUACAGCUUUUAUCACAGUUUAUUUCUCCAUAUACUGGUCGUCUGCUUGGUAGACACAUAACAGGUUUAUGUGGAAAGAAACAACUGGCAAUCUCAAAAGCUAUUAAAAGAUCCCGAUGUAUGGGUUUAAUGCCAGUAACAUAUAAGCACCCUACGUUCCGCAGUGACCCCAAAAUAUGCAAUAUUAAAUACCCACAAUGAAUUGUAUGUAUUGUGCAUAAAAACUGUUUGUAUAAUAUGUAAUUAUUGCUUGGAGAAUCUUAAUAAACAAGCCACAAACCUCAA